AUGAAUAUCGAUUCCACAAAGGAUAUUGCCGCUGAGGGAGAUGUAGGAAUAAAUGAAACGGAUAGGAACAGAAGAAAAAAUGAAGACAUGGCGAAAGACAGCGAUGAGGAUGAACUGGAUGAUGAUGAAUUUGAAGUGGAUCGCAUCCUGAAUGUUGCUGCAAUAGAUGGAGAAGUGAAAUACCAGAUACGAUGGAAGGGUUAUGGAUCAGAUGAGGACUCUUGGGAACCUGAGUGGAACUUGGAAACAGCACGAAUAAUCCUUGAUGAAUACAUUGCGACUCAUCAAGAGGAGGUGAAGAAGGCUCAAAAUUCAGUCUCGACUCAGAAAAAGCUAAGAAAGCGAUGUGGAAGACAAAUGAAACUACAAAAUAAAGGAAAUAAGAAAUUAAGACAAAGUUCUAGCUCGGAAUACUCAGAAACCAGUAAGACACUGAGUGUUCGGAGUAGGAGAAAGGUGAAAAUGGAGUAUGGUGAUAAUAUUAGGAACAGGAAUAACAGUGACAGUGAUGAGGAUUAUGAAGAAGUUUUUAAGAAGCGAGAAAGUAGAUAUCGAACAGGACAUACUAAAUUGGAAAGAACUAAAAUUGUAUCCCUGUCAAAGGAUAAACAAGAGAAACCACUAACCAAGAAUUUAUCUCCAAAAAAGGCCAAAAAUGCUUGGCUUUAUGAUGAUGUCGAAGACGCAGAUUCCGACGUUUCAGAGGGCAGUGGAAGAGUAAGAAAAAGCGAUGUUUUACUAGGUAAGAAAAAAGAGAAUAAUCAUUUGAAAGAAAAGGGUGCUAUGGAAAAAAAGAACGUGUCAAUGGCAGCGGCUGAAAAGCAGUGUGAAAGUCAUUUGAAUGAAAAAGUCAUGAUUUUGAUGAACCACAAGAAACAAAAAGGGAAGGGAGAGACUCCUACAAAGGAUGAUGUAUUGGAAGAAGAUUACGAACCAAAAGUGGAAUUUAUUGGUAUCGUUCAGUGUCAAGGUGGUGCAGUUAAGGUAGUCUAUACAAAAAAAGAUGAGACGAGGGCACAUGUUGUAUCCGUGAGAGAGGCUUUCGAAAUUGAUGGCUUUGGCUUGCUGCAAUAUUUUAUUAGCCGAUGCGAAUUUGGUGAGCCAAAAGAUAGUAACGUAUAA